AUUCUUGGUUGGAACAAAUGAGCCCAUUCUUUAAUCAUGACCACCAAACCUAUACCUAACAACGAGCUCUACAUCAAAUUAAUUUCAUCAUAGAAAGACGAUCUAAACACCCAAAUCUUUGAGACCUAAAUCCACAUAUAUCUAUAUAUGUAUAAAUUGCAGAGAAAAGGGUACCUAUAUUGAUAAACCAGAUAAAGAUGCCUGAGUAUUGCGUGACUGGAGGCACAGGAUUCAUUGCAGCAUACCUCAUCAAGUCCCUCUUGGAAAAGGGUCACACUGUGAGGACAACUGUUCGAAAUCCAGAAAAUGAGGAAAAAGUGGGUUUUCUGUGGGAGUUGAAUGGGGCCAGGGAGAGGCUGAAGAUUCUGAAAGCUGAUUUAAUGGAGGAAGGGAGUUUCGAAGAGGCUGUUGAUGGAGUCCAUGGAGUGUUCCACACAGCAUCCCCAGUCCUUGUCCCAGAAGGCAACGUCAAGGAGAAUUUGAUUGAUCCGACGAUAAAUGGAGCACUGAAUGUGCUGAAAUCGUGCAAGAAAGCCAGCAGUGUUAAAAGGGUUGUGCUCACAUCUUCUUGCUCUGCAGUUCGAUAUAGAUAUGAUGUUGGGAAAGUCUCCUCUCUCAAUGAAUCCCACUGGAGUGAUCCAGAAUACUGCAAACAUUUCAACCUUUGGUAUGCUUAUGCAAAAACCAUGGCAGAAAAAGAAGCUUGGAAAUUAGCUGAGGAAAGUGGGUUUGAUCUUGUUGUGGUGAAUCCUUCAUUUGUUGUUGGGCCUUUACUUGCACCUCAACCAACAAGCACACUUCUUCUUAUCUUGGCUAUUGUUAAAGGCCUAAGAGGAGGGUAUCCAAACACGACAAUCGGAUUUGUGCACAUAGAUGAUGUGGUAAAUGCACACAUUUUGGCAAUGGAAGACACUAGAGCUUCGGGGAGGCUUAUAUGUUCGAAUUCAGUGGCACAUUGGUCGGAAAUCAUUGCGAUGUUGAAAGCCAAAUACCCGUCUUAUCCUUAUGAAACCGAGUGUGGCAAUCAGAAAGGAGAUGACAAUCCACAUAACAUGGAUUGCAGCAAGAUUGUAAACCUAGGACUACCUCCCAUGAAGUCAUUGGAAAAAAUGUUUGAUGAUUGCAUCAAGAGUUUCCAAGAAAAGGGUUUUCUUGAACAAUGAAUUACUUACUUGUUCAUUAACAGUCAUGAUUUUAGUGCCCAAUUUGUCCAUCAUUUGUUUCUUUCCAUUUGAUAAUGUAUCAAGAAACUCCAUGUUAAUCAAGGCAUAUGCUUAUGACAAUACAUCUACUGGCCCUACUUAUAUA